AUGGCAGCAUCAGCAUCAUCCAUGCUCUCCACAAACGCCCUAACAACCACAAUCCAAAAACACCAAACACACAACCUCAAACCAUCAAACCUAUGUUUCCAAGGCUUCAAACCCUUAACAAGAUCCACAAAACUCACACAAAACAAAAAGAGAUUCUCAUCCCUUGUUGUCAAAGCUGAACUCAACCCUGCACUUGUGAUAAGCUUAAGCACUGGUCUCUCGUUGUUCUUAGGAAGGUUUGUGUUCUUCAACUUCCAAAGAGAGAAUGUUGCAAAACAAGGUUUACCUGAACAAAAUGGUGUGACACACUUUGAAGCUGGUGACUCACGUGCUAAGGAAUAUGUUAGCUUGCUUAAGUCAAAUGAUCCUGUCGGGUUUAACCUUGUUGAUGUUUUGGCUUGGGGUUCUAUAGGUCAUAUUGUUGCUUAUUAUAUCUUGGCCACUUCUAGCAAUGGUUAUGAUCCUAGUUUCUUUGGUUAA